AGAGAGAGAGAGAGAGAGAGAGAGAGAGAGAGAGAGAGAGAGAGAGAGAGAGAGAGAGAGUGAUGUUAUGUCGGGGGGCAGGGGUUUGAACCGCGUGCACCAGCCACCGGGCCCUGUAAUCCAUCAACCACUGAGAAGACACCUUCCCUUCUCUUCUUCGAAGCCUUCAUUUGCGAAUCCUGGUGAUUAUCAUCAAUUCUCAGAGGCUGGAAAGAGAGAGGAGUCUGAUGCCCUUGUUGUCACUUCUCCUCUAAAGAGAAAAUAUGAUACAGAGGAGCAUGAAGCUGAAUCGAGUGAUUGGGCAACAAGCCAAGGGUAUGCCGAAGUUGUUAACAGUCCCCUACACACGCCCAUAUCUAUAAAGGGGAAGGGAUACAGCAGGGGAAAGGCCUCAAGAUAUACAAAAUCUGGACCCCCAACCCCCAUAUCAAAUGCAGGUUCACCAGCAAGCAACACUUUGACUCCCGUGGGUACUUGUCGUUAUGAUAGCUCCCUAGGCCUAUUGACAAAGAAGUUUAUCAAUUUGAUCAAGCAGGCCGAAGAUGGUGUGCUUGAUCUGAACAAAGCUGCAGAAAUUUUAGAAGUUCAAAAGAGGAGAAUAUAUGACAUAACUAAUGUUCUCGAAGGAAUAGGACUUAUUGAGAAGAAACUAAAAAACAGGAUACGUUGGAAGGGACUCGAUGUUUCGAGGCCAGGAGAGGUUGAUGAGGAUAUAGCAGUUCUACAGGCGGAGGUCCAAAAUCUUCACCUUGAGGAGCACAGAAUAGAUGAACAAAUAAGAGAAAUGCAAAAAAGUCUUAGAGACCUGAGUGAGGAUGAAAAUAAUCAAAAAUGGCUCUAUGUCACAGAAGAAGACAUCAAAGGCCUACCAUGCUUUCAGAAUGAGACCCUAAUAGCAAUAAAAGCACCUCAUGGCACUACUCUAGAAGUACCAGAUCCUGAUGAGGCUGUAGAAUAUCCACAGAGGAGAUAUCAAAUCCUUCUUAGAAGUACCAUGGGACCCAUUGAUGUCUACCUUGUUAGUCAGUUUAAGAAGUUAGAAGAGGUGAAUAGCGUCGCAGACUCACCAUUACAACCGCCUCAAUCAACUCCUGAUCAUGUUGUAACCUCAUCUUUGCCAACUACCCUGGAGACAAGUAGGAGGGUGGAGAUGGAGGCAGAGGGACAAGAUGGGUCCCAAGAUUUUGUGGGGGGAUUCAUGAAGCUGGUUCCCUCAGAGAUUGAUACUGAGGCUGAUUACUGGCUUCUGUCAGAUCCCCCGGGGGUCAGCAUAACAGAGAUAUGGAAGGCUGACCCUAAUGUCGAUUGGGAUGAUCGGGGACAUAGGAUUGAUCCGAACAUGUUUGAGAUUAGUUCCCCUCAACCAGAGACUGCUUCUGGGGUCGUUGAGGCUCCAACAAUUCCUCAAAAGUAAGGACCAAAGUGGAGAAGUAUUUAGAAACUUGUCCUAACUGCCUGUCCAAUACUACCAGUUUGUGGAGUUGAAGAAAUACUCGAACUUCUUAACAAGUUAAGGGGCUGUGCAUGCUGUAAUGUCCAUGCCAAUUGCGAGAGAGAGAGAGAGAGAGAGAGAGAGAGAGAGAGAGGUUCGAUGUAUAGUGAGUGAAACAUCAGUCAUAUUAUUCGUGAAUGAAUAAAAUUUCAAAUCUAAAUGCAUUUAAGCCUUUAAUGUUUCUUGGUGUGUAUGUGAUUCUCUUGUUCUUUUGAGGGUUUGGAGGGAAUGUAAAGCAGAUGGACAUGACAAUGAAACUGUUAUACAACCAGAUACUAGAGUAAAUUUGUAAUGGUAGAAAAUGAGAAUACUAUUGCUAAAGGUUCUUAUUGAGUA